GGUACAGUACAGAACCAAUCCUAGUUUGAUUAUAAGUUGGAAUUGUUUUGAUUAUAAGUUGGAAUUGUGAGUUAUGAUGAAUAUGAAUAUGACCAUGUGGCUUAGCAGCAGAUGCACUCAAUUCAAAUUAUCCUCGGAAGAAAUAGUUUUAAACGACGAGGAUCUGUUAACUCUCAUUUUGUGUCGUCUUCCCUAUCGAAAAAUCAAGUGUUUUAAGUGUGUUUCGAAAAAAUGGUUGUAUCUCAUGACUAGUCCACAAUUUAGUCGUCUCUUGUGUAAUUUGCUCCCUCCUCUUCGUACUUGUGGAAUAUUUAUUCAAGGCCCUAUUGACCUGCGUCGUCAACCUUGUCCUAAUGAGGUUUAUUUCGUUCCUUUCGAUGAUCCAAACACCCCUUCGCCAUUUAAAACGACUGCUUUUGCUCACGACCCGUUUGAUCCUGAACGUAUUCGUAUUCUCGCAUCCUGUAAUGGCCUUUUAUUGUGCUCUACUUGCAUCAUAGCUUCUCUCACAGCUUAUCGGGAACAGAUCACUACUUAUGUGUAUAACCCCUCUACCAAUAAAUUGGAUGUCAUUCCUAGACAUCUUCCUUCCAAAGAGGUCAAUUAUCGCAACUUAGCUUUUGAUCCUUCAAACUCACCUCAUUACAAAGUUAUUGCUUUUGUUACCACAUCUCGAUCAGAUUCCUUUUCCAUUGGUGACUUUCAUGUUUAUUCCUCUCAAAUCGGGACUUGGACCUUGUCUGUCCAGUCUUUUUGUUGUCCUAAGGGUAUGUACUUGGACCGUGGUGUCUACUGGCAUGGCUGUAUUUAUUAUUUAAGUGAGUUCGAUUUCACGGGAUCCACUGUUUUUGAUGGUCUGUACUUUAAUGUGGAUGAGGGUAGGCUGGGAACAUUUCCCAGGCCUCCUAUUGACGCCAAUUUGCCUUUAACCGGUUCGUAUUUUGGGCAGUCUGAAGACCAUUUGCAUUUUGUUGGGUUUUUUCCUAGUACAACUUCUCUUGGCGUCUAUGAGUUGAAGAGUGAUUGCUCGGAGUGGUUUAUCAAGUAUUUGGUCGAUCUUGCUCCAAUUUCUAAAGCUUUCCCUCAGAUGACUAAACACAAAGCUUGUUAUUUUGGUGGAUUUACUUUUGCAUUCGAUGUGCUUGCACUUAUUAGAAGAGAAAAUUUCCAGGAGGAUUCGUUCUUGGUAUUGGAAAUACCUGGUAAGGUUAUACGUUACAACCUUGUGGAUGCAAGCUUGAAAGAGAUAUGGGACUUUGCUGUAGACUUUGGUGUGGAAAAAGUUGAUAGUUGGGGUUUUGGAAGGUUUGAUGUUUGGCAGUACAUUGAAGCUUUGUCAUGCGUGUAGUUAGUGCUACAACUUUAGGCUGAUAGAUUUCGUAAUGUACUAUUUAUUCAUGCAAUUCGUCAAUUUCAAGGUUUAUGCUAAAGCACAUUGUUUUUUUAAAAAAAAAUUUGUGUGGUUGAUUUUC